AUGGCUCAUCAACCGUCCCUGGGGAUCAAUCGACCCAAUCUUCGAUCCAACAUCCUUAUCAAUGACAUGCAACACGCCCGGAACACCAGCCAUGACCAGUAUCCCCAUAGAGGCAGGUCAAAACAUCAGUGCAAUAUACUACUAGUACCUCCCCUUUAUCUUCCUCCAUCCCCAUCCCAUCCAUACCAUCCCACACCAUCCAAACUAAUCUCCCUCAGCUGGCUCCACAACGUGGGCCCCAUGAUAGCCUGGCUCGCACCCUGCAACGGCCCCUGCGCCUCCCCCUCCUUCAACGCGAGUGCCGCAGAAUGGUUUAAAAUCGGCCAGCGCGGACUGCUUUCAGGCGGCAUCGUCGAGGGUUGGUGGUACCAACGCGAAUUCCAGGACUGGGCGGGGGGGCCGAAUAUUUGGACUGAGACGCUGCCGAAGGCGUUGAAAGCCGGCGAGUACUUGAUCAGACAUGAGAUUUUGGCGCUGCAUAUUGAGGAUAAACCGCAGUGGUAUAUGCAGUGUGCGCAUCUUAAUGUUAGUGGCCACGGCACGGGGUUUCCUGGGGAGAGAUUUAGGGUGGGGAUCCCGGGGAUUUGGAGGUUGGAUGGUAUGUCUCUUUCUUUCUUUGUUUUGAUGGUUGGGUUUGGUUUUCUAUGGGUUGGUGAUGAGAGUGUUCUGCGUUGUGGUGCUGAUAGGUUUAGAUCCUCGUGUUAAGAUCAAUAUCUACUCCCCUGAGUGGUAUAAUAAGACGGUAGGCAUUUCACUCCUCUCCAUUUCAAGAUUUACACUCGUUCGUUCGCUUACUCAAACCAGACAUAUGAUAUUCCUGGACCGCCUGUGUGGACGGGGGAACGAGAUUGGCUAUAGCAGUGUCGCCAUCUUCCGUUCGAGUGUGGAAUAUUCCAGAGGAUGAGGCUCUGAAAUUUGGGAACUCUAGAGAAUAUAUAUAUAUAAAUUUUCGAC